UCACACUCUAUAGAUUAGUAUAGUAUAGUAUAGUACAGUGUAGUAUGGAUUAGAAUAGUACAGUGAGGUAUAAUAUAGAAUAGUAUAGUAGUGUUGUUCACUGAGGAAGAGACAGGAGUCAGAGCUGGAGGUAGCAGAGCUGAAGAUGUUGAGGUUCUCUUUGGGAGGGACACGGUUGGACAGGAUUAGGAACGAGUACAUCAGAGGGACAGCUCAUGUUGGACGUUUUGGAGACAAAGUUAGGGAGGCCAGGUUAAGAUGGUUUGGACAUGUCCAGAGGAGGGAGAGUGAGUAUAUUGGUAGGAGAAUGUUGGACAUGGAGCUGCCAGGCAGGAGGAAAAGAGGAAGGACAAAGAGGAGGUAUAUGGAUGUAAUAAAUGAGGAUAUGAAGCUAGUGGGUGUAAGUGUUGAGGAUGCAGAAGAUAGGGAUAGGUGGAGAGAGAUGAUUCACUGUGGAGACCCCUGAAGGGAAAAGACCAAAGAAGAAGAAGAAGUGUAUAUUAGUGUAGUAUAAUGUAAUAUUUUUAUAGUAUUGUUGUACAGUGCAGUAUUACAAUACAUUAUAUACAGUACAGUCUGGACAACCAAUCAGUACACAGCAUGAGACAUCGUUUCGCCUCUGCCAAUCACGUGACCUAUUGGUUCAGAAAGCUCCGCCUCUCGCUAGACUCCAGUACUCUAGUAUUUGCUGAUUUUAUACAGAUUUAUUAGAGGCUCUGUUUGAUAACGACUCAUUUUUAAAUUGAAUUGGCGCGAGGACAGGGUUCUCAUUCACACAACACAAAUCCUUUGAAGCGCUCCUCCAGAGGUUCUGCAAGUCCUCAUCCAGCAGAACUGAAAUAAAACAAAGCAGGACACUGAGGUGUGAGCCGACCAUGAGCAGAUGACCAGGAGAUGGACAGAGCAGCUGAGACAUGUGUGAUACUGAGCUUUCAGUAUUUUACGGGAGCUUCUAGAUCUGUGUGGAGCAGAAAAAAGCUUCUUGUGAUCAGCACACAGCUUCUGUGUGGAGAUUCGCUUCAUCUGGCCUUCAUCUGGAUCUCUGUGAGUGUUCACGUCACUCAGAGGUGGGAUUUACACGUGUUUUUAUUUAGACACCUUCACAUCUCAUGUUUCACACCUUUCUCACUGCACGUGUUUUUAUUUCUCCACAAAGUCAUUUAUUUUCUGAUUUUAAUAACUUUUUUUUUAAAUCACAGAUUAUUCACACAAUGCUAGUUAAGUUGAAAUAAAUUUUUUUGAUGUUUCUCAUGUCUUCAUUAAUGACUUCCACGUGAUCGCAUGAAGAAGACACUGAACCUGAGUGUGUGUCUGUGGCUGGGUGAAAACACUGAGGGUGAAAACACAGCUUUUGUGUCCGAAAGAACCCAAUUAACUGGAAUGUCAUGACAACCAAACAAACUGAAAUGACUUAACGUCAGUCUGAAGAAGAAGAAGAAAAAGAAGGAGAGGUUUAUAGUUUAUGAGUGACGCCUCUUAGUGAGGAAAAUAACUCUAUCAGUUCACAGUGAAAUACAUCUCCUAAACCUCAUGUAGGUGAAGCCCAUCUGUCUCAGCCUGACCUCCUGAUCACUCCUGAUGUUAAACUCUCCACAGUGUGGGAGGAGAAAGUGGAGAUCAGAGAGAAGAAAAGGAGGGAGAAGCUCAGAGACGGAUAGAGGAAAGGAGAGAAGAACGGAGAGAGUUCAUUCCUCUUCAACUGAGGACCAUCGUGUCCGAGUCUCGGUCAGUCUGCAGUCAUGAACGAGGUGAAGCUGGCUCUGCUGGGCAGCGAGGGAUCGGGGAAAUCAGCGGUUUUGGUGAGAUUCCUGACCAAGCGCUUCAUUGGAGAAUACGCAUCAAAUGCAAAUUCCUUAUACCAGAAAAGGCUCUCCAUUGACGGCAGACAGUUGAACCUGGAGGUCUUUGAUCCAUGCUCUCAGAACGUGGAGAGCACAGGCAUCCUGGAGGAACCGCUGGACUGGGCAGACGGCUUUGUGGUGGUGUACACCAUCAGUGACCGCACGUCUUUCCUCAACGCCAAAAACAUCCUGCAUCAGAUCAGAGAGAGCCGCCGAGAGACGUGUAAAGGAGACGUGGACGUUCCCAUCGGCCUGCUGGGGAACAAGCAGGACCUGUGUCACAGCCGGCAGGUGAGUGAGGAGGAGGGACGUUCUCUGGCCCUGGAGCACAAGUGCAUCUUUCAGGAAGUGUCCGCUGCUGAGAACUACCUGGACAUCGCUAACCUCUUCACCAGACUCGUCCGGCAGGUCAUGGAGCACAGGUCCGACCGCCGGCGCUACAGCGGCUCCAAAUCCGUGGCCAAGCUCAUCAACAACGUGUUUGGGAAGAGGAGGAAAUCUGUCUGAUGAACUUCACCAUGAAGCAGCACCAGAACUUUCAGAGUCUUCAGAGUCUGGAAUGUUCUCUAGAACCUGAUGCUAGUAAUGAGAUCUGACCUGAGGAGAGAAACCAGAGAGCAGAACACACUUCCUCUGCUCCUCAACAGGUUCAGAGCUUCAAACCUUCUUCACUCUGUUUCUCUGACUUCAAGGUUUUGUGUAGAUUCAUGCAGCAGACUGAGAAGAACCAAGCAGAACCCUGAAGGACAUGAAGGAUCCUCAAAUAACCCCAAAAAACCCAGAGAACCAAGUGAAGAACUUUUUUCCUGAGAAGUUAAACAUGAAACUCCUGACAGCUUCUGGAUAAUAUGAGGAGAACCGAAACAGCUUCACACUCACAGCUUCAGGAGAAAGGUUCUUCACGGCUUCUUUAAGAGCUCACUGCAUCAUUCAGACGAUCCAGACGGAGAAGAGCUCAGGGCUUCAGACUGCAGGAGAUCACUCUGAGGAAAAAACACACGAUAAACUGAAGAGAAAAAUUAAACUGAAACAAAACAUCUUCAUUUAAAUUAUUUCCCCUUUAACUCCAGCAAAAAGAUCAUUUCUUCUGCUUGAGGAUUUAUAGAAAUAUUCACAUCAUCUGACACACACACACACACACACCCACACACACCCUCUCACACACACACACACACACACACACCCACACACACCCUCUCACACACACACACACACCCACACAC